AUGAUGUCAUCGAUGGCGAAGUUGAACACGAAGGGUCCUGCCACUGCCCUUUUCUUACUCCCGUUACCACUUCAAACGGUGUUGUAUAUCCUGCUGGUGUUCGAACUGCAGCAAUUGUUCGCUGAUUUAUGUCAUCAGGCCGCUGUUCUGGUACGCUUCGCUCAUGACUGUGGUGUCCUAUAUGCCUAUAACUAUUGGGCAACAAUGAAAUCAGUAACGUUGUUAUUUGUCUUGCUGCUUACAGUUAUGCACUUAUCACUUUCCAUCAGUCAUGACAGGUCCAUUUACGAGGCUCUACUGAAAAAUAUGGAACAAGAACUCGCAGAACGUGAACUACUGCGAAUCAUAUCAAGGAGGGAACGAGCGAUCGUUGCUGAGUCAGAGCCACGAGAAAGAAGUAAUGGAAAAGAGUAUCCUGAUUCCGGAGGAAAGCCUGGUACGGUAGCGCCAGGUAUUACGGGGUUGCAGGAGUCAUGUAGGCUACCAAAACGGAAAAAGACUAGGAUGGCGAUCUGUACUUAUAACGCACGUACGCUUGCAUUGGAAGCGGCCAUCGAAGAUCUGACGAUGCUAGCCAAGAAGAUUUAUAGAGGUGCUGGUGGAGUUGGCAUCCACGUCAACACGAGUAUGGCUAAGAACAGCGACUCUUUCGAACAACUUACGACCCGAAUCGGACACGCGCACGACUAUCUUCGUCGAUUACGCUCCAACAUCAAGCCACAAAGAAGAAGAAGAAGUCGAAGCUCUCUAUAUGGACCUGGAGAAGUUCUACAGAGAUCAUGUCUGUCUGAUCAAGACCAUGUCUUCUACAAGGUCAUAAUUGGCGAUUUCAACGCCAAAAUUGGCCCAAGAAGAACGCCGGAGGAACUUCACAUCGGGACCCACGGCCUACAAUGGAAUGACCAGGGGGAGAGGCUCUCCGAGUUCAUCAUGACGACUAAGACCAUCCAUGGGAACUCGCAAUUCCGGAAGUCCUCCUCUCUACGCUGGACGUGGAAGUCACCCGGUGGAGGGUACCGUAAUGAAAUAGACCACAUCAUCGUCAGUAAAAGUUUCUGCCUGACGGACGUCGCUGUUGUACCAAAGUUCUAUACGGGAUCGGACCAUCGCCUCCUCCGAGGAAGAUUUUUCUUCACGAGGAAAGCAGAGAAAACCGCCAUGUUCAGAGAGAGAAAUUCCAGGACUAUCAUCAACUGGGAUCUCUUCGGUACGCUAGCUGGCUUUUGGGAAGAUUCCGCAAUGGACAACAUCGACAAGGAAUAUGACCGGCUCGUUGAACACCUUCACGACUGCGCGAAGAAGGCCGAGAAUUUUAAAACCACCAAGAGACGCCUGUCUCUUGAAACUCUUGAGCUGAUACGCCAGCGUGGAGCAGCACGAGCCGCAGGGAACCAAGAACUCACGUUCGAGCUCGCAAGGCUUUGCAGAGAGGCGAUAAAGGAAGACCUUAAAGAGAGAAGAGCAGAAGUGCUGGCUGAAGCUGCAGAGGCGGGGAAAAGCAUAAGCUAUGCCCACCGAGACUUCGCCAGUCGCAAGACGAGGAUGACUGCUCUCCGGAACCUAAAGGAAACAGCCACUGCAUCGAGAAGGGGGAUGGAGAAAAUCAUCUACGACUUCUACUCUGAUCUCUUCGACAGCCAUGUUCACUUGCGUCCUCACCAUCUGAGGAAGACAGACAAGUCAUUCCAGAAGUUCUCCCGUCCAAAAUACGACAUGCUAUCAUGUCGGAUUGAAAAAGUCUUGGAUGAAGGACAGCCGUGCAAGCAAGCAGGGUUUCGAAUAGGAUUCAGCACGAUUGACCACAUUCACACUGUUCCGAAACUCAUCGAGGUAUCACUAGAAUACAAGAUGCCGCUCUGUCUCACCUUCAUUGACUUGAAGAAGGCCUUCGACUCAGUUGAGACGGAAGUGGUCGUGGAAGCCUUGGACAACCAAGGCGUCCCUACUCAGUGCAUAAAGGUACUUCGAGAGUUGUACAGUAACUUCACGACUGGAAUGUCGCCAUUCUACAAGAACAUCAUCACUCACCUGAGUCUGCAAAUGACGAUGUUCAUGCGCAACGGAUGGGUCUCGGAUGCCCCUUUCACGCUCAACGGAACGAACAUAUCCGAAUGCACCAGCUACGUUUAUCUGGGUCGGGAACUGAACAUGAUGAACGACCUGACCCCUGAGCUGGGCAGGAGGAGACGAGCGGCUUGGGGAGCGUACAAGAACAUCGAGGAUGUAGUGAAGAAGACCAGGAACACCCGGCUCCGUGCUCACCUCUUCAACACCACCGUACUUCCUGCUUUGACCUAUGCUUCGGAAACCUGA